AUGAAUGAAGAAAAGAAUAUUUCAAUAUAUGAAUAUGAUGUAAAACAAAAUCCACAAUCAUUUAAAACUUGGUGGAAUUAUGUUGAAUAUUUUGAUGAAAGUCAUUUUCAAUCCAAAGUAACUAUUUUCCAACGAGCAUUACAUGAAUUGCCAGGAAGUUAUAAAUUGUGGUAUCAUUACCUUCAAACUAUUCUUACAAAUGCAAGAAAGAGUGGAAUUGACACUGAGAUUAGAAAGAGUGUAAAUGAGGUAUUUGAAGAGAGUUUAGUAUAUAUGAAUAAAAUGCCAGUUAUAUGGAAAUUGUAUAUUGAAUGGUUAAUAGAAAAUGGAGAAAUAACACAAAUGAGAAGAGUAUUUGAUAGGUCAUUACAAUCUUUACCAAUUGGUCAACACAAUGAACUUUGGAAAGUUGUUAUGAAAUUUGUGAUUACAUUAAACACACCACUAUUAUUUGAGAAAUUAGUAUUGAGACAUAUUUUAUUAGAUAGGGGAAUGAUCGGAGAAUAUAUUCAAAUUUGUAAAAAGAAAGGAGAAAAAUAUUACCCUCUUGCAUUAAAAUUAUUAAUUCAAAACGUUAGUUUACAUUCAUUUAGAAUGAAAAAAGAAGAAUAUGAUUUUAUGAUUCAUAUUUUUGAAAGUCUUACUAUCCAAGAUAAAGGAAUUGAUGUUCAAAAUAUAAUGAAAAAAGGAAUUCAAGAAUUUCCUGAAGAUACUGGAAGUUUAUGGGUUGGAAUGUCUUUGUAUGAAAUCAAAGAAGGGAGAAUAGAAACAGGAAUUUCAAUAUUAGAAGAAGCAAUGAAUGAAGUGAUUACACUAAGAGAUCUUUAUAUUGUAAGACAAUGCUAUGAACAAGUUAUACACAAUUAUAUAAAUAAACCAGGAAUAAAAGAAGUAGAAAAACAAGUAAUAGAAGAAAGAAAAGAAUAUUUACUUGGAAAUCAAAAUAUUCAAAUGAAUUUAGUAUUACUUAAGAAAGAGCCGUAUAAUAUCAAAGAAUGGAUUGAAAGGAGUAGGCUUUAUGUAAAAAGUGGAGAUGUUUUAAGUGGUGUUAAAACAUUAAUAGAAGGAAUAAAAACAAUUCAUGGAGGAAAAGAAAAUAAUGGAAAAAAAAAUGAGUUAUGGAAUGAACUUAUUGGAUGGUAUCUUAAAGGGAAUAAAAGGAAUGAAGCAAAACAAUUAUUUGAAAAAGCAAAAGAAGACAAUUUAACACAAAGAGAAGAAGCUGAAAUUUGGUAUGAAAUGAUACAAAAUGAAAUUAAAAAUAAUAAUAUAAAUGAAGCAAGAGCAUUAUGUGAAGAAGCAACAUUAAGACAAUCAAAAGUAAAGAAUGAAAGAAUGAUUUGGAAAGGGUAUCUUGAGAUUGAAGAAAUAUCACACAAUAUAAUGGGGAAAUGGAGUGUUUAUGAAAAAAUGAUAGAAUUAAAAAUUAUUACAGGGAGAGAAUUAAUAGAAUAUAUUAAAGAAAAAAAAGAUAAAGGAGAUGGAGAUGAUAUAUGGAAAAUUUAUGAAAAAGGAAUUAAUAUUUUUGAAUAUCCAGUAAAAGGGAUGUUAUAUAAUCAAUAUAUUAAUGAGUGGUGCUCAUUGUAUGGAGAAAAGAAAAAAGAAAGAACACGGGACCUUUUUGAAAAUGCUAUUGAAAGUGCACCUAUUGAAUGGAAAAAGAAGAUGUAUGAUCAAUACAUUAAAUAUGAAAUAAAGAAUAAUUCAUUUAAAAGAGUUAUUGAUUUGUAUAAAAAAGAAGUUAAUGAAAUACUUAAUGAAGAAAAGUGUGAAGUAUGGAUCAAAUAUGCUCAACAAGUAGAUGAAGUUUUUGGGUUUGAAGAAACAAAAAAAGUAUAUUUAGAAGGUUUAAAUUCAAUAGGCAGAAUAGAUGAAUGGAAAUUAUCUCUUUCAUUUGCUGAGUAUUUAGAAACCCAAGAAGAUAUUGAAGGUGCAAGAGAAAUUUUUUCAAUUGGAAGUAAAAGAUGUAGUGUUAAAGAACAUGAAGAAUAUUGGGAUAGAUGGAAAGAAUUUGAAGAAAGGUUUGGCAGCGAAAAUACAUUUAAAGAUUAUUUAGUUACAAAGAAAACAGUUAUGAAAUAUUUUGGAGAAGCAGAAUGA